GAGGAAAAGUCACAGUAUUCGACUUUCGGUAGUUCGAAAGCAUACGAAAAAAAAAACACUGAUAGAUGAGUGGAGGUUUCGUUCUCUGUGACUCACACGCGUGAAAAGUGAGCAUUAUCUUAUCGAAUGCGAAAGGCGAAGUUAACUUGGCCUGGAUUCUGUUUAAUUCGUUGUGAACCAGUGACCGGCAAAGUAUUGCGUAUUUCGUUAGUUCGUGAUCUUGAACCAGGAAAAAAUGGCCGAAACAGUUCGCCUAGAUUGGAGUAAUCUGCUUCGCUCGCGCAAACAGCGUCUAAUACUGGCACAAGUGGUUACCGGUGUUGUCAUUCUUGGAGUUGAUUUUCCGAGGCCAAUCUAUCGGCAUAGUUCUUCCGUAGCAGAUUUUUUUCUGUUUUUUGUCGCACUCACAGCCACCCUUCUAAGCGUGGUUAGACUGGUUGAUGAGCUGCAGCUAGAUCAUCCGAUUAGGAAAGUUUUUGGAGCGGCUUUGUGGUUCCAGUCGGAGCUCCGAUUUACCGGUUUGGCUGCUGUUAUAUUGCACUGCUCGGCGUGGGCGGUGCUGCUGGCAACAAUCGGAUACGUUUGGUAUCCGGCGCUGAGUAUUAUUGGAAUUAUUUUCGGCUGGGCAGCCAGCAUUCUGUACUUGAUCAAUUGGUGGUGGCUUUUCCGGGAGAGACACGUUGUAAGAGGGGAUAAUGGUGAGGAGACAGUAGAAACAGCGGAUAACGUGGAGGAAGGAAAAUAUUUGGCAGUAAAUUUGGCAUCUGUUCCCCUGGUUGGACAGAUUGGGCAACCCGAAAAGGAGGCCAAAUUUCCACGAACCGUGGAACCUAACAACUACAUUUAAAAGGGACUGCAAUGCCAUACUAGUUGUUCACUAUUCUAUUUUAAGCAUAAUUUUAUAUACCAUACCUACACACUGUUUAAAACGAUCAAAGCUAGAGUAUCACUCGCUACUAUUAACAAAAUAAAAAUAAAAAUUCAUAUGAUAGUUACAUGUACAUAUCCGUUGAGCUGUUGACCUUCUGUUAAAUUAAACUACGCGUCAGUAGGCCAUGAAAUAAAAAUAAUAAAAAUAAAAAAUCAAUCGUGUA